AUGGCUUUUGGAGGAAGAUAUGUUUCACCUCCCAUUCGGUCAACACCUCAUCCUCUCUCAAUUCCAUCCACCACUGUCUCACUCUCCCUCCCCAAGAACCCUAAUUUCGCCUCUUCCUUUCGCUUGAUUCGCCGGAGAAACUCCUCUUCCUUUCGUGUUUCUAGCUCCGAUACUUUGGUGGCCGGCUCGAGCGAAGUUGUCAGCAAGAAAGACGAGGUGUCUGGUGACUUGAAAUCUUGGAUGCACAAGAAUGGAUUGCCUCCUUGUAAAGUUGUUCUUAAAGAAAAGCCUUCGCAUGAUGACAAACACAGGCCUAUACAUUAUGUUGCCGCCAGCGAAGAUCUUCAGGCCGGUGACGUGGCGUUCUCCGUGCCCAAUUCGUUGGUGGUGACGCUUGAGAGAGUGUUGGGGAAUGAGACCAUUGCGGAGCUAUUGACUACUAAUAAGUUAUCGGAGCUGGCAUGCUUAGCUCUGUAUCUAAUGUAUGAGAAGAAGCAAGGGAAAAAGUCAUUCUGGUAUCCAUAUAUCAGAGAGCUUGAUCGACAACGAGGGAGAGGCCAAUUAGCUGUGGAAUCCCCACUUUUAUGGUCAGAAGCUGAAUUGGCUUACCUGACAGGUAGCCCCACUAAGGCUGAAGUUCUUGAAAGGGCCGAUGGAAUCAAAAGAGAGUAUAAUGAGCUUGACACUGUCUGGUUUAUGGCUGGGUCUCUAUUUCAGCAAUAUCCGUAUGACAUACCCACUGAGGCAUUUUCAUUUGAGAUUUUCAAACAAGCUUUUGUUGCUGUCCAGUCUUGCGUGGUGCAUUUGCAGAAAGUCAGUUUGGCUCGGAGAUUUGCUUUAGUACCGCUUGGACCUCCACUAUUAGCUUAUAGUAGCAACUGCAAGGCAAUGUUAACUGCUGCUGAUGGUGCUGUUCAACUGGUGGUUGAUCGUCCAUACAAGGCUGGGGAAUCCAUUGUUGUCUGGUGUGGCCCACAGCCUAAUUCAAAGUUGCUUAUCAACUAUGGUUUUGUUGAUGAAGAUAAUUCUUAUGACCGUUUAGUGGUAGAGGCAGCUUUGAACACUGAGGAUCCUCAAUAUCAGGACAAGAGAAUGGUUGCCCAAAGAAAUGGCAAACUAUCAGUGCAGGUUUUUCAUGUGUAUGCAGGGCGGGAAAAGGAAGCUGUUGCAGAUAUGCUUCCUUAUUUACGAUUGGGCUAUGUUUCAGAUACAUCUGAGAUGCAAUCUGUCAUUUCUUCUCUAGGUCCUGUGUGCCCUGUGAGUUCUUGUAUGGAACGAGCAGUGUUAGACCAGCUUGCUGAUUAUUUCACUAGAAGACUGGCUGGCUACCCUACUACCUUGAGUGAAGAUGAGUCUUUGUUGGCAGAUUCUAACUUGAAACCUAAGAAGCGAGUUGCUACACAGCUUGUGAGGUUGGAAAAGAAAAUGCUACAUGCAUGCCUGCAGGCGACAGCUGAUUUAAUAAACCAGUUACCAGAUCACACUGUUUCACCAUGCCCAGCUCCUUAUGCUCCUUUGUUGAAGUGAAAGGCAUCUCUCUCUUACUCUCUCCCACACAUCCAUGGCAUGCACAGUUACACACUGUUUCAUGAAUUUUGCCUCUAUACUUGGUUGUCAGGGUUAUAAUUUGGGUAAGUCUCUGCAGAAAUUACCAAUAUUUUAGUGGUCUUGCAAAAUUAUGGAACUUCUUUGCAGUACUUGGGCAUAUCACUUUCUAUUUGGAGAGUAUGAGACAGGGCAACCAAGGACUGCUGGUAGUUUGUCAUGGGCUCUAAUAGGAGUUAAAGUGAGAUAAUUGGCUUGUCGUUCAAGAAGAUUGGGCUGUGUAACUCCGUUUUGUUUAUCUUGGUCGAUUAAAAGUGCACAUAGGAUCAAAAUUGUAAUGGAAGGAAUAAUAGAUCAGCAUUCUCAAUAUAUGCAUUGAUGAUUUGGCCAUUCUUUGUAAAUACAGUUCUGGACGACCAUUGUUUAUGAGCUCUUUUGUAAUGCUUGUAAUUCUUUAAUAUAGAAAAGAUAUUGUUUACAUGUGAUAUUUGGUCGUUUUACUUGAA